GACUUUUCACUGGCCAUAGUGCUAUAACAGAAUUUUUUAUCCAAAGUUCAAAGAACGACAUACGUGCAUUUUUGUGACAAUAGUUUUUAACUCGUAAUCAUACAGUAAUUAUUUAAAUUGUCUUUUAACACAUAAACAAUGUUGAUCAAAGUGAAGACUCUUACCGGAAAGGAGAUUGAAAUAGAUAUAGAACCUACAGAUAAAGUAAAAAGGAUCAAGGAAAGAGUGGAAGAAAAGGAGGGAAUACCGCCGCAACAGCAGCGAUUAAUAUUUUCUGGAAAGCAAAUGAAUGAUGAAAAAACGGCGCAAGAUUAUAAAGUUCAAGGCGGAUCAGUAUUGCAUUUGGUACUCGCAUUAAGGGGGGGCUUGUAAUUAUGACAUUCCUUGCUCUGGAAUGUGUGUGUAUGUGUGUGUGUGAAUAUUACAGAUUGUACAAGAUCAGCCACAAAUAUAAUAGGACGCUUUCCAAUGUUACAUUCGCGCUCUGUUAGCAAAGACUUAUAAUCGUCUUUGUAUCUCUAUUUGAUUGAACGAUUACAUUUAGAAUUGAAAUAAAUAUUUAAUAAAAUAAUUUAGUUAUAGACACCCAGUACUUGCUUAACCGAUAUAAUAAUUAUCUCUGGAUUCUGAUCUUAUAGCUGUUGUGAACAAUAUUCACGUACAAUAGAUCUAGUAUGAAUUUCAUUUUACUAAGUUUUUGCAAUCUUCAUCGAAGCGAGACCCGAUCCGAAUGCGAAUAAAUUUCAUUCGAAAAUUCGAAUUCCUAUUAAUUUCAGUUAUCAGUUUCUAUGAUAUUUGCUGUUAUGAGUUGCCAGACUCCAUUUUGUUUUGAAAAAUCGUUGGCAAAUAAUACAGUACGCGGUAGAAUUCUGCGACUCCUCGUGUUUCGAUGUAAUGUGCCGUAGAAGAGCGUGCUGCGUUGUAAAUGUUACACCGCAUUUAUCACAGAACGAUCCAGGCGAAUGCAAACUCCAUGCCGGUAUCCUUGCGUGUGCCUCUAUAAAUUUAUUUCUUCCUAUAACUAACGCUGCAAUAAUAUCGUAUCGCAAUAAAUAUUUGAUCAGGACCAUUUUAAAUUCUUUCAGAAAUAUUUUGUGAUUGUCAAAUAUUAACAUAAAUGAUAUUAUUUGUCUUCUAUAAUUCGUUUUCUACACGCGUAACGAACGAUCAGUC